AUGGUGGCUCAGCGAGGAGGAGACGAUGCCAACCUUCGCAUCACCGAAGAAGCCAACGAGGAGGAUGACCGCGGUCUCGUUUCCGCCUCGGCCAGUUUCAAGAAGGCCCUGGCGGAUCCCGCGACCUACUUAAUCAUGUUCAUGCUGAUCGCCUCUACACCGCCGCCAUUUUUGAGGGGCGACCACUGGGUGCACAUUAUCUGGCCCCAGGUCUUCGCCAGCGUCGGCUUCAUCAUCUCCGCCGCCACUAUCAACACGGCUGCCCGUUACGCGGCCGCCGUAAUGAUGUUGUCCAUCUACGGCUCCUUCAGUAUUACCUGGUCCUGGGUGUCCACUUCCAUCCCCCGACCGGCCACCAAGCACGCUGCCGCCUUCGGUAUCAUCAACUCAUGCCUCCAUUUCCAACCCAACAUUUGCAACGUGGUGUUUUCUUGUCUCUGCAUGACCAUCACCACGGCUCUCUUCUUCACCCUCAAGUUCAAGAACAGGAGGCUCCGCGAGGCUCCCAACGCGGAUAUUGAAGAUGAGGGUAUCGAGCAUGGCACAAAGCCAAUGGCUCUCAGCGACCGCUGGGAGCUCCCAGCCGGAUAA